AUGUUUAACACUAACUUCACGUCAUCUCGUGCAGUGGAUGGAAACACGGACUUCUGCGCAGCAACGAGAUAUGACGACAUAGAUCAGUGGUGGAUGGUGGAUCUGCAUGGGUACUUUGACAUAAUUGACGUCAUCAUCACGAACUUUGACCGUUGGUGGUCAUAUCUACACAGCUUCACCAUUGACGUGUUUACGGAGAAUCCAAUAGGCUGUGCACGCGCCACACCAGUCCAGUGUUACAACCGCACCAACGCACUGGGGCGUGGCAAGACUGUACAGUUUAAAUGUCGCUCGACCGUGAUUGGUCGGUUCGUCAGGGUUAAGAAGUGGAAACUUGUGAAACAGUUUGAUAUACUGCCACUGUGUGAGGUUCAGAUUCUUGGCACAAGGGCGACAG